AUGACGAUAUCUUUCGAAGAACAUCCGAACACCAAUUACGCUCCAACGGAUGAACAGCAACAUGAGAUACUCCAUAUGCUCCCAGAACCUGAAGAACCACUUUCGGGGAUGAAGGGUGACAUUGACGAUUUAGUUCAGCACAUCGAUCAGCAUCGCGCACUCACCUCACCUAUUCGGCGGAUCCCCCAAGAGAUCCUCCAAGAGAUAUUCAUUCACUGCCUUCCCACAAACCGCAACGCGAUCAUGUCAGCACGCGAAGCUCCCUUGACGCUUGGUCGCGUCUGUAGCAGCUGGAGAUCGAUUUCAAUAUCAACGCCUCGCCUGUGGACAACGGUUCAUGUCCCUAUACCAGACGGCUAUCUCGACUUUGAAUGGAAGUUGUGCUCUGGGGACAUUGCGCCUGCUGAUCGCGUGGUUGCGGCAAAACGUAUCGCAGACUUGCGGACGGCAGCGUUGAAAGAGUGGCUAAACCGCUCCAGAUCACUUCCUGUCAACAUCUCGUUCACCCACCGGGAUCACAGCUUACCACCUAUCUCUGUACCCGCUCUACAAUCACACCAUUCACACCCGAUUGUUGACACGAUCCUUUCCGUCGCUCAUCGUUGGAGAAAGAUAUCUAUAGCAGCACCAGCGCAGACUAUGGUGCGUUUCCUCACACACUCUCCCCAUGAACUUCCGUUUCUGGAGUCCUUGGACUUCGACUUUUCGUUGGGGAGGGCAUUUUCCGAAAUUCCGCUACAAGAUCAAAACAUUUACCGGACACCAUCACUUCGAAAGCUGUAUUUAAUGCAUCCUAGAGGAGACUGCUCACAGCUUCCUGUGAGCUGGGCGCAACUUACAGAUCUGACCAUUGAAAGAAAAUGGAGAACUAAUUUUUGCCUGCGUUUACCUCAGGCAGUGGAGUUGCUGUCGCGAUGCCCACGUCUGGUCCGCUGCAGAUUGGAGAUUCCGUUUGCAGCAAAGACUCCGGUUCAAUUUCCUUUGAUCGUACUUCCCGACCUCGAAAGCUUGACCAUCUUGGAAGUGACAAUUUAA